AAGUAAAGAAAAUACAGACCCUGAGGGAAAAAAGAAACCUCCAGUUCCACCUCAAUCACAUCACAUACUACAGGAACUAGUUAUCUUCCUCUCAGUGCCUCAGUUUCCACACCUCCAGGGGGGAAUGAGAGGGGUUCACAACGAAACCUGGGCUGGGCACUAGGGUGCCUCAUGGGCCAGGCACCAGGCACUGUCACAAGCCAAGCAUGUCGUGCUGUCACAGGCUCAGAACUAUGCACCGGGGGCACCAUCAAGGCCAACGCUGGGGUACACUGCAGAGAACUGGGCCCAGGAGGCACUGUCAUGGGCCGAGCACCAGGAGUACCGCUCCAGGGAGGUUCCUGACAGCAGCAUCACCUUGUGGCCCUGGCAGGGCCUUGCCAUGACCACACUGCCUCCUUCUCAGAGUCCUGUGACUGCCACAGCCAGGUAGGUCCCCAACCCUGGGGCAGAUGCCUACUCCCCACAGUCAUAAACACACAAUCCAUGAGUUCUAGAAUCUUGGCACAGUGGAGGUGCCACACCCCCUCUGCCUCCACAUCCCAUUAGAAGGAGCAUUGAGGAGUAGGUACCAGCUUGCCAUGGCCUGUGGGCCGGGGUAUCUUCAAGGCCUUACAGCUCCACUUUCUUCUGCCAGAUUAGAGAAUCAGCCAUAUAUUGAAGGGCCCUGGCUCCGGGCCUGCGGUCAGACCAACGUGUCCUGCAGGGUGGUGAAGGGGAAGCUGGUAGAGGUAGGCAAGUGGCCAUGGCAGGUGAGCAUCCUGUUCCUGGGCACGUACAUCUGCAGUGGCUCCCUCAUCCACCACCAGUGGAUCCUCACGGCUGCGCACUGCUUGCAGAGAUCCAAGGACCCCAACCUGUACACCGUGAUGGUGGGAGUCCACCACCUCCCAGAAAACGGCACUCAACUCCCGCUCAUUCGCAUGACGAUUCAUAAGGAUUUCAGCAAUCUUGUGUCUCAGGACAUUGCCCUCCUAAAGCUCAGAAACUCCAUCCCAUGGACCCCCCUCGUCCAGCCCGUCUGCCUCCCUAACAUCAAAUUCAAGCCAUCCAUUGGAAGCAUGUGCUGGGUAAUUGGCUGGGGAACUACAGGGAAAAAAGUGACCCCAAGUACUCCCUACAGUCUUCACGAGGUGGCUGUGAGGAUCGUGAACAAUGACAUCUGCAGACAGCGGUACCAAUUCCUCUUCUUGAAGGACAAGAAGAGCUUCAUUGGGAAUGAUGUGCUGUGUGCCCGCUCUGAAUGGGGCUUGGACACUUGUCAGGUUGACUCUGGCAGCUCCCUUGUCUGCCAAAUGAACAAGACCUGGAUUCAGAUAGGAGUGGUGAGCUGGAGCUUUAGCUGUGGCCGGCGCCACUUCCCAGGUAUCUACACCAGCACCGCCCACUUCACCCAAUGGAUCAGUACUGAGGUCGCUGACAUGAGGUUCAUCAGUAGGGCUGGCCCUGCCUUCCCGUGCCCAGUUUUCCUCACUGGCUACAUUCUGCUGGGCUCCUUGGGCUCCCUGUGGCUCCUGUGAGCAGUGUUUCAAGGACAGUCCCUCCUGGAGGCUGCUUCUCCCUCCCCUCUGUUCUACCCUCAGAAGUGGAAAUGAGAGGUUGCAUAGGAUGGCAGGGCAGAGUGAGGGGGAGGGUCUAAGAGCCACUGUUACUUUCUGUUGUUCAAUGAAGAUGCUUUUGAACUUUGA